CGUGCGUGAUUCUCGUGUUCGUUUCCAGCCUGCUGCGUUUCUCCCUGUCUCCCCGCUCUCGUCCUCUCCUUUCUGCGUUCCGUCCGGCGCGUUCCGUCCGGCGGGUUCCGUCCGGCGCGUUCCGUCAUCGCCUCUCCGUAUUCCCCGCUUUCGUCGUUCCGCUUUCGCUGUUCCGCCUUCGCGCCUCUGCCGUUCCUUACACGCCGCCAUAUCAUCGUCGGAGCCAGCCAUCCCACCCACCAUCCCAGUUUCGUCGCAAAGCGUUUCAAAGCCAACUCCUUACCGCCUCCGGCUUUCCUUACACGGCGUACUGCUCCCAUUUUGAGGCGCCUCAAAGCGUUUCAAAGCUAACUCCUUACCGCCUCCGGCUUUCCUUACACGGCGUACUGCUCCCAGCUUCCCACCAUCCCAGUUUCGUUUUGACGCGCCUCACAACGAACUCCUUACCGCACUCAGCUUGCUCCCGGCUGUCCUUACACGGCGUACUGCUCCCAGCCUGCUUCCCUCACACGCCGCCAUGGUCGCCUUUAUCGUCGGCAACAGCCAUCCCACCAUCCCAGUUUCCGCCAUCCCCACUUCCGCAGAAAUCGCUUCCGCUUCCGCCGCUGCCGCUCCCGCCGCCGCCACAGGAUGCAGCUGCGCGAGCAGAACUUGCAAGCCGACAGAUUUAGACCCAACAGGUGGAGGGCAGGUUUUGACGGAUCCUGGCCGUCCGAUCAGUUGCUGCGGAACGGACGGUCGCGAUGCAGGGAAACGGACGGAGCUGAUUCCAGGCCUUCCUGAUGACGUGGCAAUCAAGUGCCUCGCACGCGUGUCCAUCGUCUACCAUCACAGUUGCAAGGCUGUCUGCCACAUGUGGCAUCGUCUCUUCUCCUCGCCUCUUCUCUUUGCCGCCCGGCAGAUCGAGGGGCGGCAGGAGCAACUACUAGCACUCUUCCAGGGUGACCCCUCAGUCUCCGGGGGCUGGCUGCUGCACCAAUCACAGCAUGCCACCUGUCCCCCACCCAACCAAUCACGUACCGCCACCCAUACUCCGUCCGACGACCAAUCUCGUGCCGCCACGUGGCGCCGCCGGCGCAUCCCCCUCAUGAUCCCCACGCUCAACACCUACGGGCUGGCCGGGUUCGGGCUGGCUGCUGCUGACACGUGUCUGCUUGUGAUUGGUGGAAUGGUCUUCGACGCUACUGUCUAUCCUUCCGACCGACCGGUCCCCACCUCCCGGGUGUUCUCCUUUGAUCUUAUCUACAACAAAUGGCGCCAGCGGGCCUCCAUGGCCGAGUCGAGAAGUUCUUUUGCCACUGCCUCUCUCCCUUCCCCCCCUGCUCUCCUCUCCUACAGCAGCAGCAGCAGCAGCAGCAGCAGCGGCGACGGCUGCAGCGGGGGGAAAAUCACGGGUUUUGCACCUAAAAGGAAUGAUGGGCCGCUUUCGGGUAGUAUGGGUGGUAGGGGAGCGGUUUUGGUGGCAGGAGGUAGUCACAGCCCGGCGCCUGCUAUGGCCAGGAGUGUCCAGCUGGCAGCCGCUGAGUGGUACGACGUGGCACGCGACACGUGGCAGCCUCUCCUCCCACUGCCAGAGGCCAGAGGCGGGUGUGUGGGAGCGGUAGUGUCUGUGCCUGCUGCUGCAGACUUCUGUGACUGUGAUAGUAGCGGGGACAAAUGCAGGGGGGACAAAGGCAAGGGAAAAUGCAGGGGCAACUCCAGCAGCAACAGUAACAGCGAGCAGAUAAUGCUGGUACUGGGAGGGUUUGGUUCGGCUCUGGAGCGGGAAGUUCCAGCAGGAGUGGUGGGUGCUGCCUCUCCUGUAAGGGAGAUCAACGCCUUUAUUCCCAGCGCUGGUGGCUGGAUUCAGAGGGACAGACAGGCAGUUGAACAAGGGGGGUUCCGAGACCCUACGGCUGUUGAGCGACAGCGACAGCGAGAGCGGGAGCGUCUUAUUCCUGUUGGAGGUAGAGCACGUACGCAGCGUGAGGGUCGUUCGGUGGAGAGAGAGGAGUUAAAUGGAGCUGUUGUAAAUGGCACAGAGACCUUGGGAGGAGCAUCAACAUCAACAUCAGCAGCAGCAGCAGCAGCAGAAUUGCUUAGCGGGGUGUGUUUGCCAUCUGAGCGCCGGACCGCUGGUCCUGUUGCUGUGCUGCAUGGGCGGCUGUACAUGCUGUCGGGUAACACCAUCCUCUGCCUUGGCCCUGCUUCUGAACUCUCACACAUAAGCAGCAACUCCACCACCACCAGCCACAGCAGCAGCAGCAUUAGUACCAUUAGUGCCACUAGCAGCACCAGCACUAGCAGCAGCAGCAGCACCAUUAGUAGCAGCAAUACCAGCAGCAGAAGCAGCAGCAGCCAUAGCAGCGCCGCCAUUAUUAGUAGCAACAGUGGUCAUCUUAGGCAGCAAGCUCCGUACACCUGGAACCGGGUCACCAGCCUGCCAUUCGCCGACCCCUCCGCAGGCUUCUUUGCUCUCAACAGCGAGCUCUUUGUGGUCCCCGCUGCACCCUCCCUCUCGGGGCAGCGACCUUCCAGGCGCCUGACUCCCCUGCAGCACGCCUACAACCCCACCACCAACACAUGGCGCACCGAGCGGCUGAUUCCGAUGCUGCAAGGGGUGAGGAUGGAUGGGAGGGGAGGGGGAUCAGGGGGAGGUGGUGGUGGUGGUGGUGGUUCUGACAGUGCUGCACAGCAGAGGACUGUUGUUGUCAUGGUGGUGUAGGCAUGGGUAAGAGCACAUGGGUGCUGUUGGCCCAUUGCGGGAUUCUUUGCUCUCAACAGCGAGCUCUUUGUCGUCCCGGCUGCACCCUCCCUUUCCAGGCAGCGGCCCUCUAGGCGCCUGCCUCCCCUGCAGCACGCCUACAACCCCGCCUCCAACACCUGGCGGACUGAGAGGCUGAUUCCAAUGCUGCAAGGGGCGAGGAUGGAUGGGAGGGGAGGGGGGUCAGGGGGGGGUGGGGGUGGUGGUGGUGGUUCUGCUAGUGUGGCACAGCUGAGGGCUGCUGUUGUGAUGGUGGUGUAGAUGGAUGGAAGGGGAGGGGGAGCAAGAAGAGGAGGAGGCGGCGGCGGUGGUGGUGGUGGUGGUUCGUCUAGUGUGGCACAGCCGAGGGCUGCUGUUGACAUGGUGGUGUAGACAUGGGAUAGAGCACUGAGGGCUGCUGUAGCCAUAUGCGCAUAGAUGCAGUGAGCUGAUAGGCUUGCUCCUAUGCUGCAGGGGGGCAGCUUGGGAGGGGGGGAGGAGGAGGAGGAGGAGGAGGAGGAGCAGGAGGAGGCAUAGGCGAAGGGAGGUGGUGGUAUCUCUGGUGUGUGGUACCAGACGAGAAGGAGGCAGUUCAGGGAGCAGGAGGAGGUCAUUCUGGUGCAGAUGAGGUUGAGUUAUGGUGCUGCCAUUCUUGUCUGUGCCCCUUUGUGUACUUAGCGGUACGUAAUCUGCGAUUCCAUGUACGUUCCUUGCUGACUUCAUUGUAUCCCAAUUGCUACCUUAAAUCCUGCCGUUU